AUGUCGACGUGCAGGCCGCCAUUGAGCGAGCCAGCCGGCAGCGGCUGCUCGUCUAGAUCCCUAAUCUUCAGCCAUGGGGGGUCUCUGGAGGCGGCGCCUGACAUCAGUGACAAUGUGAAACAGCUUGGGUGCUUCUUCACCAGUGCCGACGACACCGACAAGAAGCGCCAGCAGAAAGGAUUCCCAAUCUGGUGCAGGCAGCAUAAGAGGAUCGAGAAAUUAAUCCUGAUGUAUGGAGUUAUACACGCAAUUGCACUCGGUCGCGGCCAGGGAUAUGACAAGGACCAUUGGGAUGAGAUGCUUUCCGACAAGGAGCGCUCGCAUCUCUGUCAUAAAAAUGCUUGCGACUCCCCAUUACACUUCAACAAAGAGACUGAGCGUCAGAACCGGGCUAGGGCCACCUGCGCAAAUGAAGUACGGAGGCGUCUCGAGUUCGAUGAUGUGGACACAGUGUUGCAAGAGGCGCGCAAGUGCUGUCCGCACACACCGCCCUGUUGGCCAGAGCACGCAAACCCGUGCAUAUCUCUUGAACAGUCAGUAUCAAAGAUGGAGGAAGCUUUCGAUGGUGCCAUGAGAGAAGCGGGCAUUUGCAAAGAACAUGGUCUCGACUUUCCUGUUCGAAUUCCUCGAACCAUGCCGUUCACCAAUGGGUCGAAAGACACAAAGCCGUACUACAGCGCGGAGGGAAAGGCUCGAGCAAGUCGAAGUAUCUUGGCCUCGAGCUCCCAGUUGCUGGGUCUGAAUGCGCUUGUACCAGCUGCUGGACUCUGUGCCGAACCAUUUCUGCUGCUCUUUCUUGGGGUGCCCGGUGCCGGCCACGAUCUGCUCAAACUGGAGGGGAGCUGUCCGUGGUGGGACAGGAUCGUUGUUGCCACGUUCAAGCCCUCUUCUUUGGUACGCGGCUUGUCUGUCGGGCAGAAUGUUGCUCGGAUAGUCUCAACCGUUUGCACCUGA